CAAAAUGUAAGGCGUGCUGUUAAGUCCAUGGGCGAACUGUUAAGUUUCAGUCUACUUUGAGAAACCAAAUUGGAUGGACGUCAUUUCGCUCUGACCUCUGAAUUCGCCGAAAGAAGCACAAAAAUAUUUAUCAAGUUUGCGUGUAGCGUAAGAAUUUAGUUAAAACAAGGAAAUAUAAAAUCGACGAAAGUGGAAUUGUUUUACAAACAGUGCUCCAACAUUAAUAAAAGCGCAGUGCGCCGUUUUGCAAAGUAAUCAGUGUGUGAUAAGAAUUUCACGAAAAUUGUUAAAAUAGUUGCAUAACCCGUGACCAUUGUAAGCGCCAAAAUAAGAACGUCCGAAGGCAACAAUAACAAGUAACAGAAGUAAUAUAUAGUAACUUGGUUGUGCAAAAAAAACCAAAAGCGAAAACGCGUAAAGAGCGAAAAUAAAAAAUUCCAUUGCGGUGUUGCGGCCGUAGCCGCCGGGAAUAGAGCCGCCUUUCCCCCCGCCGGCGCUCACAAGCAGUUCAAGUGCGCGUUAAUUAUCCAAUCAGUUUUCGUCGUGUGGUUGCAUCGCAGCAAACUAAAAAGGAGAACAGAAAGAAGAACAAUUCGAUUAUGUCCCAAAAUCGUGAUACUUUGAUACAUUUGAUAGCCGGCGGAUCCGCGGGCACGGUUGGUGCGGUGGUGACAUGUCCCCUGGAGGUGGUCAAGACCCGUCUACAGAGCUCAACGGCAUUCUUGGCGCCGUCGACACGAAUUGCUGAAACCGCUGGCGGACCGGCAAAUGGCGGCGCCUCUGAGCUGCUGAGGCCGGAACAACGACGUAAGCUAAGCACAACGAUAUUACGUAACAGAUCACAGCCACAGGUGAUUGGGGGUGUGCGUAGGAUUAUGGCCAUUUCACAUUGCGGCAUCUCGUCGACCACCCCAAAGUCCAUGAGCAUUGUACAGUGUCUGCGACACAUUGUCCAAAAUGAAGGUCCGCGUGCUCUAUUCAAAGGCCUGGGUCCGAAUCUUGUGGGCGUUGCGCCCUCGCGUGCCAUUUACUUUUGCGCCUACUCACAGACAAAGAAUACACUCAACAGUUUGGGUUUCGUUGAGCGGGAUUCACCUUUAGUGCACAUCAUGAGUGCUGCCAGUGCUGGCUUUGUCUCGUCCACAGCGACGAAUCCCAUUUGGUUUGUCAAGACGCGAAUGCAACUGGACUACAACUCCAAGGUGCAAAUGACUGUGAAACAGUGCAUCGAACGUGUAUAUGCCCAGGGCGGCAUUGCGGCAUUCUACAAGGGCAUCACGGCCAGCUAUUUUGGCAUCUGCGAGACAAUGGUACACUUUGUCAUCUACGAAUUCAUCAAGUCCAAGCUGUUGGAGCAACGCAAUCAAAGGCAUACGGACACAAAGGGUUCACGUGAUUUCCUUGAGUUUAUGAUGGCUGGCGCCGUCUCGAAGACGAUUGCCUCCUGCAUAGCGUAUCCUCAUGAGGUGGCACGAACGCGUCUGCGUGAGGAGGGCAACAAAUACAACUCGUUCUGGCAAACACUGCACACUGUGUGGAAGGAGGAGGGACGCGCCGGACUCUACAGAGGCUUGGCCACUCAACUGGUGCGACAAAUUCCAAACACAGCCAUUAUGAUGGCCACAUAUGAGGCGGUGGUUUAUGUGUUAACGCGGCGCUUCAACAACAAGUCGAAUGAGUUUUACGAUUUUUGAAGAACAACACAAGAAAACGAGAGAGUGAACCAAAUGCCACGCCUAUUUAAUCCCGCCCCCAAUAAAGGACUAGUUAACAGCGAGGAACCCAAUCUGUGCAUAUAUAUAGACGCGACUGCUGCAACUUAUUAUGUAAUAUUAAACAUAUUGAAAUAUUAAUUUUAAUGCGGUUUUCUAGACGAUUUAACCAACGAGCGCAAAAUUUCGUUAAUUAGCUCCUAAGGCAACGAACUCGAGAGACUUAAAGAGACGUUAAACGUUGAACGCACGAAUUAUGUUCUAUAAUCUGUAGUCAUUAUUAUUGUCAAGGACAAAAAGAAAACAAAAUAAUAUGUA